AUGAUUCAGAGAACCGAAGGAGAGAAAAUGAUUUUAUUUUGUAACGCCACUGGAAAUCCAGUACCGACAAUAUCAUGGAUCAUAAAUGGGUUUUCUUUGGACACUAAUAACAGUUCCGGGAUGAAUUUGUCUUACGAAGGAAAGCAACUCACUAUCAAGAAUGUGAGAAGAACAGACAGUGCAUUGUACCGAUGUGUGGCAGAAAACAGUCUUGGAAAUGUUACGUCCUAUAACACUACCUUGGAAGUGCAUUAUAUACCUGGAGUCACAGUGAUUGGUGGUCCACAACAGUUUGCAAUUGUUGGUAAAGUAAAGAAACUGCUAUGCAAGUACGAUGCUGUGCCAUCCAUGUCUGAAGUGCAGUGGAUAAAAGAUGGAGAUGUGAUUGCUAGAAAUUCUAGUCUGCUGGUCAACGAGUCCCGCCUUACUGUUGCGAAUUACAAUGAAAGUCAAAUACAGUUACUUAUAAAUCAAAGUACCUCUCACGAUGCUGGAAACUACACCUGUCUUGUUAUUAAUGCUGUGGGUAACUCAUCCCAGAUGACGUCAGUCAUAAGCCAAGAGCUGCCCUUAAUCACCAUCCAUCCAGAAGGGAAAACUCCAAUGGAGGGAGAAAAUAUAACCCUGUCUUGUAACGCCACUGGAAAUCCAGAACCAUCAAUAUCCUGGGUCAAAGAUGAAUUUCCCAUCAACAGCGAUUCUAGGAUCAACUUUUCACAAGACAAUAAGUUAUUGACGAUAACGAAUACAAGCAGAACGGACAGCGGUGAAUACCGAUGUGUGGCGAGAAAUAGAGUUGGAAAUGAUACCUCAAAUUCCAAAGUGAAUGUUCUUUUUCGACCUGAAAUCGUCUCUCAUCCUCGAGCGAAUGUCACAAAAGAAGAGGGAAGUAAUUUGACUUUAUUUUGUAAUGCCACCGGAAACCCAGCACCGAUGAUAUUGUGGACUAAAGAUGGAUCUCCCAUAAACAAUUCUAGGAUCAGUUUUUCAAUACAAAACAGGCUGUUGAACAUAUCAAAUGUGAGCAGAACAGACAGCGGCCGCUACCGAUGUGUAGCGAACAACAGCCUGGGAAAUGAUAUCUCAAACGUUGCUGCUGUUGACAUCCAAUAUAAACCUGACAUUACCACUCAUCCUGAAAAUGAGGAUAUAAAAGAAGGAGGAAACGUGACCUUUUCUUGUAAUUCUACUGCAAAUCCAUUACCGACGACAUCAUGGACUAAAGAUGAAUCGCCUGUAACUAACGAUUCGAGGAUCAGUUAUUCCGUUGUCAAUAAAGUGUUGACGAUAACGAAUGUGAACAGAAAUGACAGGGGACAAUACAAAUGUGUGGCGAGCAACGAACUUGGAAAGGAUAUGUCAAAAGCUGCUAAAUUAAAUGUGAAAUAUCGACCUGAGAUAGCUACUCAACCGCAGAAUGACACAACAACAGAGGGAAAAAAUGUGACAUUAACUUGUAAUGCUACUGGAAAUCCAGAGCCAGUGCUUUCAUGGUCGAAAGAUGGAAAUCUCGCGAAAAGCAGCCACAGGAUCAGCUUUUCAGCAGACAACAAGCUAUUGAAGAUAACGAAUGUGAACAGAACACAUAGCGGAAAAUACCUGUGUUUCGCUCAUAAUGAAGUUGGGAACGCCACCUCGAAAAUUGCCAUGUUAAAUGUUCAAUAUAAACCGGAAAUUAUCACUGAUCCCUCUGGUGACAUGAUGAAGGAAGGACAAAACAGGACCUUUUAUUGUAACGCGACUGGAAAUCCAUUACCGGCAAUAUCAUGGAAAAAAGAUGGACAUUCUAUUGGCAAUAAUUCCAGGAUCAGUUAUUCAGCAGAGAGCAACGAGUUGAGGAUAAUAAAUGUGUACAGAACAGACAGUGGAAACUACCGGUGUGUGGCUAACAAUAGCAUUGGUAAUGCCAGCUCAGAUGCUGCUACAUUAGUUGUUGAAUAUAAAAGUGAGAUUACCACUCAUCCUAGUAAUGUGACAAAAACAGAAGGAGAAAACAUUACGUUACACUGUAAUGCUACUGGAUAUCCGCCCCCUACUCUAUCAUGGACCAAAGAUGGGUCUGACAUAAGUAACAAUUCCAGGAUCAGCUUUUCAGCAGACAAAAAGCAGUUGGCAAUCACCAAAGCGAGCCGAGUAGACAACGGAGCAUACCGAUGUGUUGCUAACAACAGCCUUGGAAAUGAUACGUCUAUGGCUGCCGUUGUAGAUGUUCAGUUUGCACCUGAAAUCUCCAUACAUCCGAGGAUUGUCACAAUAGUAAGAGGAGAUAGUGUGACUUUUAGUUGUUCAGUCGUGGGGAACCCAACUCCCAGUGUUGUUUGGGAAAAGGACAGAAAAGACCUAAAUGUAACAGGAAAUAGUCGAUUUAACUUGUCCUCAAGGGACAAUAAUCACAGUUUAGAAAUUGCAGAAGUUCACCGCUCAGACUCAGGACAAUACAGAUGUGUAGCUGAAAACAGCAAGAAUAUAUCAUAUUCAUCUGCAGCUACCCUCACAGUGCAGUGUGAGUAAAUUCGCUUUGAAUGUUUUCAGAUAUUACCCAGUGUAGUUUCAAAAGU